CGUCCUACUCAAAUGCGAAGCUAUCGACACUUUCUUACCGUUUUCUCACGCAAUAUCAUCAGCACAUUGCAAUUGAAACGUGCUAAAUUUAUGAAAGCCAAGGUCAGACAGAUUAUUAAAUGGAGCACCGAUAUAGUGAUGGACGGUAUAUAAAGUCACUGUUCAAUGAUCAUUUUACAAGUUUUACGAGGACCCACGACCAUCGCUUUGACGAAAUAUCCAAUAGAGAUUACGAAGCCUUAUUGAUGAGAAGUUUUAGCCACUGUGCUCCGUGCGUCGCGUGUAGAAUGUUUAAUAUUCGCGUAGUUGGGUUUCUUCUAAUCGGCAUUGUUACUCUGUAUCUGUUGCUAAAUUCAUGUUCGCAAGCGAUAAAAAACGACGUCAAUUCGCCUGGGAAUCCGAUCGAGAAAAACUCGAGCCACAGAAUUGUCCGUCGAUUCGGACGGCCCAGAAGAGGACUUCGUUUGAUCAAAGAGAUUGAAAAAAAAUUUGAAACUAAAUAUAUUAAGAAUAUGAUGACGCUCAACACGUCCGUCCUUUCGCCAUUGGGUGCAUUUAUACCAGUAUUUGUUUUGUCCUAUGGGGCACAGGGGCGAACCAGAUCGAAAUUUAUAAAAGCCCUUCAAAUCAAUGGUCAAAAAACUUCUCUUGCUAAACAGGGCUUUCGUAGAUGGCUCGAAAUACUUGCUAAUCACAAUUUACGUAUAGCUACUAAAAUUUAUUAUCCUGCUUCCUAUCUCCGGCCGAGGCUCUCGUUCAAAGAUAUGGCUUCUUUUUACUUGCACACGGUUAUGCAAAGUAUCGAUCUCGACGACGGACACAUACCAAGCGAAAAAAUAAACAAAUGGCUGUCCAGGAAAGCGAAUAAUCGUCCUGACGUUGCAUUGUUCGAGCCCGAUCAUGAUUCCGAGAACGGUGAGAUUGCUCCUAUAAAACCACUCGGAAGUGAUCCAGUGAUGUUGCUCGUCAGUGUUGUCUACUUUAAGGGCAUAUGGGAGACACGUUUCUCACAAACAUUUUUACGUCCCUUCACGAAAUUAAAUGGCAAGCAAGUCGAUACUCCAACUAUGUAUAAUUAUGGUGAUUACGAAUACGGCGAACUCCCGGAACUCGAGUCAAGAUUCGUCAAAAUUCCAUUCCACGGUACUUCUGCAUCAGGUUCCACGAGCAUGUUCGUCAUACUGCCCAACGCGUUGAGCACUUAUCAAGACUUGUGCUCGAGACUCGAACAAAUUAACGUUAAAGAUCUUUAUCACAAAGGCACGAUGGCAAAGGUUGAUCUGUAUUUGCCAAAAUUUCGACUCGAAAGUAACAUUUCACUGGACGAAUGGCUACCGACAUUUCUCGGAGAAUAUAAAUGCUCCGAUUCCCCUGCGACCUUCGCUAGGAUGUUCACUAGUUCUCCGGAAGCGCGUCUGGGUCCGUCGCAAAGCAGGGCUGUAAUUGAAAUCGAUGAAAAUGGUGCUGUUAAUGAGCAAGCUUCUGGAUACUUUUAUAGACGUCGGAAGCCUCGCGGCGUUGAUGCACCAAAAAUGGUUGAAUUCAAGGCGGACCAUCCGUUCAUUGCCAUUAUUGCGACUGGCGGUGACGUUAUUCUCAAUUUAUUUACUAUUUUCUUCGAUGGCAGGUCGGCUUAAACACUUCGAUCGCCAUGAUCUUCGUGUAAGUUUUUUUCGUUUUUCUACACAACGGAAAACUCGGUCGAAAUAUUAAGGAAUGAACGCUGCUCUGGCCUGGAGCCGGGAGGGUGCGAAAUAUUGAAAUAUAAAAUUAUCAAUCUUCGAGGAGGUAUAUCGCAAUAAUGCUUUAUCGUUUGCAUCUUCGACGAGGAAUUGAAUCAUGGCGAAGAAAGCAUCCACGAAUAAGACCACAGAAUUAAAUUGUUUCUAAAAAUGCA